ACUAUAAUGAUGAUAAUGACAGCGAUGAUUAUAAUUAUCCUUUUGGGAGAGGGAGGUGGAGAAUUUUGCCCUUGUAGUUGUUUUUUUUUUUAAAAUCACAGAAACCCGAGGACACUUCUAACACCAGUGGCUUAGUGCACAAAAGGUGGGAGGGAUGUUGGGGCAGACUUGGGGGCUCACUUGGUGCUGAGGGGUGUGCUCUGGCUCUGUCUCCUCUGAGGUGCUGACAGAGCCUGCCCUGGCUGCACUCUGGCCUGGGGAGUGGGGUGCUGUGUCCUCACCCAGGGCUGACUAAGGGAGGCUCCCCUUGGCCCCCAGGCCGACUGCCACCCAGGGCUCCCCUCCCAUUGGUCCUUGACUGUGAUUAUCACCUCCUUCCAUAUGGCCUUGUUAAUUAACGGUAAACAAAAGAGUAAGAGAGCAGGGAUUGGGGUCCAGUGGUACCAGCCAGGGCGCUGCUACUCUGCCCUGUCUCCCUGGGUAGCUGUUCCUUGUGCAGAGGAGGCUGGGUCAGGGCUUAGAGGGCAGUUUGUUUUCAAAGAGAAAGAGUCAGCUUUAUGAACUCUUCUGUCCUGUAGAGACUGAGACUCCCACAGGGUUCUCCUGCCCCCUGGGCACCUGGUCAGUGCUGAACUUCACAGGGUGCUUGCUGAUCCAGGAGCCUGAGCAGGAGCUACAGAGAGUUAGACAAAGAGGCCUUUCCACUCAGGAACAGCCUGAGCUCUGACCCCUUUGGGCUAUGAAUCCCUGAAGAGGGCCUGGGAGCUUACCCAAGGCAGGGGGCUGCUUCUGUCUAAAGUGCCACUCAGGGGGCUGUGUGACCCUCAGUCAUUGCUCACAGAUCUCGAGGUAGCCUCAAUUGUUCAGUGCCAAUGCUCUGACCCCUCUUGGAAGAUUCUGGCAAAGGCAGUGGUCACCCACUGCCUUGAAUGCUCCUGGUGCAUGAGUGGGGAAAAACUCUGAGAUGACCCUUUCUAGCCAUGUGGGAUGCGAAGUUGCUCUGGUCUGGGGGUUGCAGUAGCUUCUACUUUGAAUCUCUCUUAGUGCCCAGAGAUGUCAGGGAGAGGCUGGCAGAGGGUAUGCGGGCACUGGCAUGCACGCUGGGCAGCUCUGGCAGCUGACCAAGGCAGUGCUGGCUCCGCAGUCAGCCUGGAUUGGCUGGAGCUUGGCCUGUCCCCUACGUGGACGUUGUGGGCGCUCUCCCUGGUGCUGCCCAGAGACCCAGCCCCCCCAGCCCUGCCUCCGCCCGGGCCUGGGGUCACUGAAUGUGCAGACAAUGACAUUUGUGGUGGUAUGGGGGGCAGAGCAGACCCACCACUCUGCAUUGGGGAGAUGGGGGUCAGAGCCUGACUAACCUCCUUCCUCCUGCUCAGUCUAGUGAUGGCUGGGCCAUUUGGAAAUGCCAGUUAGCAGAGAGAGCAGGAGAGGUUCCUGAAGACUGACAAAGUGCCAGAGAGCUUCCCGGGGCCUCCAGCAGCUGCUCAGGGUGAUGGGCAGGCUGGUGGAGGCUGAGCUUUUCCUGGAUGGACUCGGUGCAAAAGGCACGUCUACUUUGGAAAAGACUGAUCAGGGAUUGGGGCCACCCAAUCCCUCUGUCAGGACUCAGGGUAGGGAUGAGACCAGGAACAACCAUAAUGCUUUAAUCAGCACCGGGCCUGGAGUGGAUAAGGAGGUAGAGAACGGAGCCAGCUGGUGGAUCGGGGUCAGGGGUUAGCUGUGGGGUGGGUGGGGGCUGCUGGCGGUCACCUGAUCUGCGAGCCGGCAGGGCACUGGACGGUCAGCUAGACUUCAUGUUACUCAGGCAUCUUGGAGAGCAGAUGAUCUGCCUGUCCUGAUGCUGGAAGAGGCAUCUCAGAGUCCCUCUUUUGUUGCCUCUUCUCUUGCAGAAACCUGGGCCAGAGAGAAACCUGCGGGGAGCUGGGGGCUUUUCUUUCUUCCUCUCUCCCAUCCUCCUCAUCUUAGAUCCUCCCCCUCUGCCUUUACCUUGUGAACUCACUCAUGAAUAAACCAGAAGUUAGUUGUCUACAGACAUAAUUUUAACAGGAAUUUUGUUGUGUGAGUUUACUGGAAAAUGGUCUUUGGGAACCAGCAUCAUUAGAUUAGUCAGACCCAGAAACACAGUGUUUCCCAGGAGGGAAGAGAGCGGUGGUCGCUGUGCCGCUGUGCCGUGGGAAGAGAGCGGUGGCUGCUGGGCUGCUGUGCUGUGGGAAGAGAGCAGUGGCUGCUGGGCUGCUGUGUGGCUGCUGGGCUGCUGUGCGGCUGCUGGGCUGCUGUGCCGUGGGUUUUCUGCUCCUGGGAGACCAUAGAACCCCUCCCUGCUUCAGGACAGCCCCCAGGGGCAGCCACUGCCCAGCCCAGAACAUCUGCGGGGCCUCAGGGUGGGAUGUGCGUUCAUGGCCUCUUGAGGUUCCCAGCACUUUUUCUGUCUUUCAGACAAAAUCUCCCCAAACGCCACUUUAAAAUACUCAAAACAAAAAUGAGCAAGAGGAAUUUCACCUGAAUUAAAAUGUUUUUGAUCUCAGGCUUCCACUGAGCCUGAUUCAGAGAGAAUGAUUAAUAAAUACCUGCCAGUGGAAGUGUAGUUUGGAAAUGUCUCCCUUUUUAUCUUCAGUGUUGAGGAACCAGCCUGAUACAAAUAUGGUCUCUUCUCCCCACGGGUAAUGGCAUGAGGCACUUUCCUUGUGGGAAGAUUGGUUUCACCCAUCACUUCAUCCUUUUUCUCAUUUUACAAUUUGCACUUUAAAUUUUUUAAGUGCAAAUAUUAAGUGUUUUAAUUGGGAAUGAAAUUAACUCAGAGGAUGCUUUAAUCUGCCCUGGCUGAGCACAUCUGCCUUGGCUAGGAUUAGCAAUCAGGCCUUGCAGAGGAGUGAGGUUGUUGACACAGGUGUGGGUGUCUGUGGCCCUACUCCCAUCCCUCGUCCUGCAGCACCAGAAGCCUCUACUCAGCAGCCCUACCUUCAAGAGGGUGACUGUGUGCUCAGGCUACCGAAUGUGUGGUUUUCCCUGGAGUUGCAUGGAGUUGUAGGAUAUGUUUGCUGUGCCUCAGGGUUUAUUUCGGACUGUGGCCGGGGAGCAUGGCCUGUACCAGGAAGGUGCAGGUGGGGUAGCCCUCAGGAAGUAGGCUGCAGCACUCUGCAUAUGUCAGAGUGACCAGGCAAGGUGGGGGUGAGCACUUGGGAUGUAGACGCUGGGGAGGAAAAGUGGAGGCACCAUAUGGCCUGAGCUGCUGACAGAUGAGCUUGCUGGGCCCCACCUCUCUCUCACGCCUGGCUUCACACCUCCAUCGUGUUCAACAUUGGUCUGAGGGCUCGGGCAGCAGCCAUCUGGGUCCUCUUCUUUUUUCCCAUUUUGCUGCCUGCAAUCCACACACCAGAAGAGGAGUGUGAGAAGAGGGGCCCUGGGUCAGGGCAGGUGGAGCCUCUCACCUGGUCCUGGGGGCCCCUCCAGGUCUCCCAGCUCAGGGACCACUGAGCUGCCAGUGGCUGACCUGCCUAGCCUGAGUGGGAGGAGAGCGGGAGCUUAGGUGCUGCAUUAUGCUCCAGGGCCUGCUUUAGAAGGCUCUAGAAGAUCCCUGAGACUCUUGGACAGCAAACUGACAGCAGCAGGUGCCUGGCGUAGUCUCACAGUGAGCCAGACCCAUGGUGCAUCCCCGGUUCCCCUGUGCAUCGUGCUGAGGAACUUGUCAAAGCACUUGGGUUUUUACACCUACAGGGUUUUUUUGAGUUCUGAAAAUCAAAAGUCUUUAGCAGUCAUGCUCUGUGGGCAGCCCAAGUGGCUCCUAACUGGAGGUGCUGCCCACUCUUUACAAUACUCAGAGCUGGGGGACAAGUUCCCUCUCGGCUCUGAGUUUCCAAGGCGUCAGCUGUCCUACGGAUCCCAGGUGUGGGUGGUUCAAACCCUGCCCAGUUGCUGCCAACUGAACACUUGGUUUGUCAGUCAUUCGUCAGCACCUGGAAUUGUGCUCAUUCUGCCCUCACCGAAGUUUUGUUUAGGGAAAAAUGGAUUUGAAAUUGGGAUGACUUACUAUAUUUAACAUUAUUUUCAUUGAGACUGGGCCUUUAUGAAAUGGAACAAUAAAUAUGACUUAGGUAGCAAGGGGCAAAUAAACACAUUUGACAGUGUUAUUUUAAUCAUUGGGACUGUGCUAACUCGUUUAAUUCUCGUUAAUGUGUUCUGUGCUGGACACUGAGGCUGGGAGGCAAAUUAGCUUCCCAGGUGAGUGGUGUAGCUCGAAUCUGAACUGUUUCCAGGACAGCCCCCGUCUCAGUCCCACCCAGCCCCACCCAGCCUUCCUGCCCAGUGUCCCAGACUGCCGUGGAGGCUGCCUGCAGACCACAGGGUGACCCUUACUGCUCUCAUGUCUCUUCCUUUCAGCCUGGGAGGCACCUAGGUCCUGUCCCCAGCUUUCCCUCCAACCUUUUUCUGCAUCCCAAAGUGGGUUGUUGCCCAAGAUCCCGGAGCACACCUCCCUAUCUCCCUCCAUCUCCCGCUGCUGGAGCUUUGCUUCUCGUUCAAGGCUUCGUGCAGAUGCCGCCCCGGGUUCUUUACCUACGUUUACUCUCAUGUGUCUCACAUUUGAAAUCCCUCUCUCAGCAGCGCUGCUGUGACAUUGCAUCAGAGUGAUGGGUGUCCCCGCUUGCCUUCCAGGAAAGCCUGCAGGCAACCGGCUCCAAGGCCUGCUGGGCCUGGGGGGCACCCCAAGUCUAGGACAUGCUGGGCCUGGGGGUACCCCAAGUCUAGGACAUGCUGGGCCCAAGAGGCACCCCAAAUCUAGGACCUACUGGGCCCAGGGGGGCACCCCAAGUCUAGGACCUGCUGGACCCGAGGGGAUACCCCAAGUCUAGGACCUGCUGGGCCCGAGGGGAUACCCCAAGUCUAGGACCUGCUGGGCCCGAGGGGGCACCCCAAGUCUAGGACCUACUGGGCCCGGGGGGACACCCCAAGUCUAGGACCGGGACCCGAUGGGGCCCCCCAGUCUGGCUCUGGCACAAAUGCAUGUGCUUGCCUGGGGUCCCCUUGUCAACACAAUGUGUGGAGUUUUCAAAGCUGAUCUGGACCAGGAAAGGAUCUAGUUUUGGCUUUGAGGUUGGAAGGAUACUUGUGGUGGGAGGAAAAGCUACUUAAAUGCUCAGCUGUGGAGUUCUGAAUUUUCCUGCAGCAUCUGCUCCUCCUUGAGGUUGAGCCCUGCCUUCUGGUUAUUUGAGAUAAUGUCCACCCAGAUAAAAUGUUGGACUAUGAAUGCACAUUACAGAGGUACCUCUUACAGUCACUUUUAAAAAGUGGUCUGAUUUUGAACAGGUUAUUUAGAGUUUUGUGCUACCUUGUUUUAUUUCUGCAAAGGCCAUGCCCAACCCUAGCCUUGGUGAGUUGUGACCCAGCCAUGUCACUGAUGCAUCAAAGUGGGUCCGCUGUGAAGUGUUGGUUCCCUCCCCAUGACACACACAGACAAAUGUGUCCAAUUAUAUUUUAUUUUUUCAGAUGGAGUCUUGCUCUGUCACCCAGGUGGAGUGCAGUGGGGUGAUCUCAGCUCACUGCAACCUCUGCCUGUGGGUUCAGGCGAUUCUCCUGCCUCAGCCUCUGGAGUAUCUGGGAUUGCAGAAAAUGAGUUCCAGGGUGAGCUGCUAAAUCAGAGGUGGACACACGGAGGCAAGGCCAGCAGCUGCAAGACCUCAAGACCCCUCCUGGGCAGACCCUGCAAGAUGAGCUUAGAAAAUGAAGACAAGCGAGCUCGCACCCGAUCCAAGGCCCUGCGAGGAGCCCCAGAGACCACAGCUGCAGACCUCAGCUGUCCCACCCCUGGAUGCACUGGCUCAGGACAUGUCCGGGGCAAGUACUCCAGACACCGAAGUUUACAGAGCUGCCCCCUGGCCAAGAAGAGGAAGCUGGAGGGCACUGAGGCUGAGCACCUGGUGUCCAAGAGGAAGUCGCACCCCCUGAAGCUGGCUCUGGACGAGGGCUAUGGUGUGGACAGUGACGGCAGUGAGGACACUGAGGUGAAGGACGCCUCUGUUUCAGAUGAAUCGGAAGGAACUCUGGAGGGGGCCGAGGCUGAGACAUCAGGACAGGAGGAGAUUCAUCGCCCCAAGCCAGCUGAAGGAAGGAGCCCCGUCAAGUCCCAUUUUGGAUCCAACCCCAUCAGCAGCCCCACUGGCUCCUCCAAGGGCAGCUAUAGCAGCUACCAGGGAAUCAUUGCAACUUCUCUCCUGAACUUGGGCCAACUUGCUGAAGAGACCCUGGUGGAAGAAAACUUGGGCCAGGCAGCCAAACCAGGUCCUGGCAUUGUGCACCUGCUUCAGGAGGCCACAGAGGGAGCUGCCAGCGUGGAGGGUAAAAAGGGCCUCUUCAUCCAGCCAGAGGAUGCCGAGGAGGUCAUUGAAGUCACCAGCGAGCGUUCCCAGGACCUGUGUCCCCAGUCCCUGGAGGAUGUAGCCAGUGAGGAGUCCAGCAAGCAGAAAGGCAUCCUGAGUCACGAGGAGGAGGAUGAGGAGGAGGAGGAGGAGGAAGAGGAGGAGGAUGAAGAGGAGGAAGAGGAAGAAGAGGAGGAAGAGGAAGAGGAGGAGGAGGAGGUAGAGGAGGAGGAGGAAGAGGAGGAGGAGGAGGAAGAGGAGGAGGAGGCAGCCUCUGAUGUGAUCUUUCAGGAGGACGCCUCCCACAUCUCUGCCCAGAAGGCCCCUGAGCUCCGGGGCCCAGAAUCACCCAGUCCCAAGUCUGAGUACUCUGUUAUUGUGGAGGUCCGCUCGGAUGAUGACAAGGACGAGGACACCCACUCCCAGAAGUCAACAGUCACUGAUGAGUCGGAAAUGCAUGACAUGAUGACCCGGGGAAACCUGGGCCUCCUGGAGCAGGCCAUUGCUCUGAAGGCUGAGCAGGUGCGCACAGUCUGUGAGCCGGGCUGCCUGCCUGCCGAGCAGAGCAAGCUGGGCCUGGCAGAGCCAGGGAAAGCAGCAAAGCCCCUGGACACUGUGCGGAAGAGCUACUACAGUAAAGAUCCAUCAAGAGCUGAGAAGCGUGAGAUCAAGUGUCCCACGCCAGGCUGUGAUGGCACUGGCCAUGUUACCGGCUUGUACCCUCACCACCGCAGCCUUUCUGGCUGUCCCCACAAGGAUAGGAUCCCCCCAGAGAUCUUAGCCAUGCAUGAGAACGUGCUGAAGUGCCCUACUCCUGGCUGCACGGGCCAAGGUCACGUGAACAGCAACCGCAACACGCACAGAAGUUUGUCUGGGUGUCCCAUUGCUGCCGCUGAAAAAUUAGCCAAAUCCCAUGAGAAGCAGCAGCCGCAGACAGCAGAUCCUUCCAAGAAUAGCUCCAAUUCUGAUCGCAUCCUCAGGCCCAUGUGCUUCGUGAAACAGCUCGAGGUCCCUCCAUAUGGGAGCUACCGGCCCAACGUGGCCCCCACCACGCCCAGGGCCAACUUGGCUAAGGAGCUGGAGAAGUUCUCCAAGGUCACCUUUGACUACGCAAGUUUCGAUGCUCAGGUUUUUGGCAAACGCAUGCUUGCCCCAAAGAUUCAGACCAGCGAAACCUCACCUAAAGCCUUCCAAUCUAAACCUUUCCUAAAGGCCUCUUCCCCCAGGCACAGCCCCUCCAGUAGUUAUGUGAGGAGCACUUCAUCCUCUUCUGCAGGCUUUGACUAUUCGCACGAUGCCGAAGCCGCACACAUGGCCGCCACCGCCAUCCUGAACCUCUCCACGCGCUGCUGGGAGAGGCCUGAGAACCUCAGCAUGAAGCCACAGGACCUGCCUAGCAAGUCUGUGGAUAUUGAGGUAGAUGAAAAUGGAACCCUGGACUUGAGUAUGCACAAACACCGCAGACGAGAAAACGCUUUCCCCAGCAGCAGCAGCUGCAGCAGCAGCCCUGGCGUCAAGUCUCCCGACCCCUCUCAGCGCCAGAGCAGCACCAGCGCCCCCAACAGCUCCAUGACCUCUCCCCAGUCCAGCCAGGCCUCCCGCCAGGACGAGUGGGACCGGCCCCUGGACUACACCAAGCCCAGCCGCCUGAGAGAGGAGGAGCCUGAGGAGUCAGAGCCAGCAGCCCAUUCUUUUGCUUCUUCUGAAGCAGAUGACCAGGAAGUGUCAGAAGAGAAUUUUGAGGAGCGGAAGUAUCCGGGGGAAGUCACCCUGACCAACUUUAAGCUGAAGUUUCUCUCCAAGGACAUAAAGAAGGAGCUGCUCACCUGUCCCACCCCUGGCUGUGACGGCAGUGGCCACAUCACUGGGAACUAUGCCUCCCACCGCAGGUGCCCCACGCCUGGCUGUGAUGGCUCUGGCCACAUUACAGGGAACUAUGCUUCACACCGGAGCUUGUCUGGCUGCCCUCGUGCAAAGAAAAGUGGAGUCAAGGUGGCACCCACCAAGGACGACAAGGAGGACCCCGAGCUGAUGAAGUGCCCAGUUCCAGGCUGUGUGGGGCUUGGUCACAUCAGCGGAAAAUACGCCUCUCACAGGAGUGCCUCUGGCUGCCCACUGGCCGCCCGGAGGCAGAAGGAAGGUUCCCUCAAUGGCUCAUCGUUCUCCUGGAAGUCCCUGAAGAACGAAGGCCCAACCUGCCCCACCCCGGGCUGUGAUGGCUCUGGCCAUGCCAAUGGGAGUUUCCUUACCCACCGGAGUUUGUCAGGCUGUCCCAGAGCAACAUUUGCUGGAAAGAAGGGAAAACUGUCAGGGGAUGAGGUCCUCACCCCAAAGUUCAAGACUAGCGAUGUGUUGGAGAAUGACGAAGAGAUCAAGCAGCUGAACCAGGAGAUCCGAGACCUGAACGAGUCCAACUCGGAGAUGGAGGCCGCCAUGGUGCAGCUGCAGUCCCAGAUCUCCUCCAUGGAGAAGAACCUGAAGAACAUUGAGGAGGAGAACAAACUCAUUGAGGAGCAGAAUGAAGCCCUGUUUCUGGAGCUGUCCGGCCUGAGCCAGGCUCUCAUCCAAAGUCUCGCCAAUAUCCGCCUUCCACAUAUGGAGCCAAUCUGUGAACAGAAUUUCGAUGCCUAUGUGAGCACCCUCACCGACAUGUACUCCAACCAGGAGUGCUACCAGAACCCGGAGAACAAGGACCUCCUGGAGAGCAUCAAGCAGGCUGUGAGGGGCAUCCAGGUCUAGGCCAAGUGGUACCCAGGAGUUUCCCAGCGCUCCACACCAUUUACCUCCCCUGCCCCACCCUGCACUGUGGGGAUUCCCAACUCACAGUGACUACCUGUUUGUGGCCUGGUGUGGCCUCGGGCAGGUUUAUCCAAAGGGAUGCCUGGAAAUUGGCUUCUCCCAUGAUGGUCCCUCUAGGCUUGGGGCCACGGCAGCCCCAUCCUUGUGCAUAGGGGCACUGAAGAAUUACAAAGUAAUUUAUUUUUGUUUUCUGAACGAAAUCUGAAGAGCAGCUCAAAGUCUCCAGUGGAAGCUCAUGGACAAGGUUCUCAGGGAAGUUUUGGAGUUUGCAACCACAGUAUUCCUUUGUCUGUCGAGGCUGGGAGGGUAACCGUGAGCGUGGUGGGCGGGUGAUUUGAGUGGCAUCUUGGCCUGGAGGAUGUGCCCGGGGCAGUGUGUCUGUGCUCAGUGAGGCCCCUGAAGCAAGUGUGUUUUCUGUUUCCAUUUAAUUCGGUUUUGCGUUAAGGGUGGAACAAAGCUCUGUCCCUGAGGGAAAGUUAGGAAUAGGCCUCCCAGAGGACACUCCAGACAGUUGGAAAGCAUCGUAGCUGCUGUCAAGUCAAGGAAUUUUAGCCUGGGAGACUCCUGAAAAUCAGCCUGAUGUCUGGGGGCAGCUGGUGCACUGAGGCUGUGCAGGUGUGUGUGGCCUUGGGUCACAGCUCCUACUGGGGCUGCAGCCUUUAGACCCUGGGUCUGGGCUCCAAGUCCAGGGAUGACUCUGGCUUCUGUGCGUCCACCCAGGCCCCUGACCUAUCACUGCCACAUUAUCCGGGCCGUGGCCAAGCUUGACCUCUGCAUCCAUGGUGAUGGAGGUGGGGAUGACAUCAUCAGGGUCAGAGGGUAAAUUCCUAACAGGAGACCACCAAGGUUUCACUCCUUUUAGAUCCAUUCAAUAUGUGAAAAAAGGGUAAAUUUUAAUUUAAUGUGUUAAAAACACAAUAUUGUUACUCUGUAAAUAGAAUCCAAGUCAAUUGUGACUGCUAUUCCAAGUUAGUAUUUAAAAGUAGAGAGACUGCACUUCCUGGAAAAAAUUAAAAAGUAGUUAGUUUAAUUAUUCUGUAAAUUAUUUAAUUUUGUCAAGAUGUAAGUAUUUAUAUUCACAACCUCUUAUGUUACCGUUUGCUAUUUAUUUAACAUUUUUAUUUAUUAAUUUUAUACUAUUUCAACUAGACCCCAUACCAGGACACCAUAAGAGGGGAAAAAAGUGAAUUCAAAGCAAAAAUAACUAUUUGACUGUAAUAUAGGCCACAACAAAAUCUUGAUAUAACUCCUAGUUAUAAUUUUGAGGCAACCAAGUUAUUUUUUAUAUAUUUUGUUAUUUAUUCUUUUAAUAAUGGAAUUUUUUAAAAAAGUAUUUUGUAACUGAGUAAUUUUGAUAAUUUGGGGAUUUUUUUUCCUCAGUCCAAUGGAGAGAAAGACAUUUUUGUUUUCUUUUUCCCUUUUGGGUUCCUUUUGUUUCAGGCACAGAUAACAGCCAGUGGAAUUCUGUAUUUAUGAUUAUUUAAGUGUAGCGCAGAUGUGUAUGCUUGGGCGUGUUUCUCAUGUAGUGUUUGUGUGUCCGCUCUCGCGACGGAGCCUUGUGCUGAGGGAGUGCUGGCCGCCAGGCUCACAGGCUGUGCCACCAACCCUCCCUCCGACAGCUCCAAUACUGUGACCCUCCUUCCUCAGGAAACGUGUUGAACCCACAGAACUCCGUGGUGUGUUUGCAGGGUGAUUUCCUAAUAAAAGUCCACUCUGACUGUGA